AUGAAUCCCACCAGAAAAAUCAAUAGGCUAUGUUUUGGCUCUCUACUGAACGAAACAUGGGGAAAAUCUGCUACACAACCUAAUGGAGUAGCAGGAUUUCGGAGCUGUGGAGUUAUUCCAUUUAACCCGCAUGCCGUUCCAGACUAUGCAUUUUUAAAACUCGAUGAUAUUCAUGAAAAUGAACCAAGAAACAUUGCGAAUUCUAAUGCACCAGCCCAAAUAGAUGAAGUGAUUUCACCAGAAAGAAGCGUGUCACCACAGCCAGGAUGUUCUACAUGGGAUCUUCCAAGAACUCCACCACGAAGUGGAUGCUUUGUUCAGCAGCCAAAAAUUAAUCGGGAAAUCGCUGAAAACAACAAUUCUCAAAUAACACCAGGAAAAAUGCUUGAUCAAAUUCCACCAAUCCCUAGUAUGGAAGUCGUAAAAAAAAUUACAAAAAGGUCAAGAAAUAUAGCCGUCAUUUUAAACACCACUGAUACAAUCCAGUCUUUAAAACUAAGAAAAGAACAAGGUCAGAAAACAAAAGAACGGAAAGAAAAAUCCCAGAAACUGCGAAUGGAAAGGCAGUUAAAAAGAAGAAGGUAUGAAUCUGAAAGUUCUGACGAAACUGAAGGAGAAAUACAUUUGGAUGAUGAAGAAGAGGUCAGUGAUGAAAAUGAAGCAGUGUGCGUCGGUUGUGAGGAACCUUAUUUGUUAUCCAAAAAAAGUGUAGACUGGAUCCAAUGUAUUAUAUGCAAUCGUUGGCUACACGACGACUGCACCUCAUUUUUGAAUAUUUGUGAGCCCUGUGGACGUCUAACGGCUCGCAAAAAAUAAGACUUCCAUAAAUUGAUGUAUCACCAACUGACCCCUACCCACAUCACCAUCUAACCCGUAUUAUGUUGGGGGAGAUGGUGUCACACCGUUUACUUUUAAAUGAAAAUUAUUUUUGUUGAAUGUCAAAAUUUGUUGUCAUUCGAUUUAGGAUAAGUUUUUUAUGCGUAUCUCGAUGC